AUGCCGUCGUCAGAAUACACAUCCGCAGGCGGCGGCCUCAAACUCAAGGGUGCCAAAAACGCCGGCAUAGANAAAGAAGCGCAAAAGAAGUCGUCCAAAAUAUCCGCCGUCGCCGCCGCUGGCUCGUCGUCAAAAGACGCAACACCGGCCAAAGACACGGUCGAGCCUGAGAAUACCACAGACCUCGAGCAAAGAGAAAAGAACAAGGAAGAAAGUCUCGUGCCCGACGACGGCAAGACGGAAUACGAAAGACGCCAUGAAGAAACCAGACGCAAGCGCGAAAAACUGAUGCGCGAGGGCGUCAAGACACACAAGGAACGUGUCGAGGAACUGAACAAGUACCUGUCGACUUUGAGCGAGCACCACGACAUGCCUCGCAUUGGCCCUGGAUAA